ACGCAAAGUCGAAGGAUCAUGAUUCCAAGAGCUUUAAGGUGCUCACUCUCCAAUGGUGGCGUCUUCUUGAAUCACCACGUGUAGCUCCCACCUUAAAGUCUCCAUCUUUUGUUCAAUAAUCCACCCCCCUUCUGAUCAUCGCUCUUUCUUCCCCAAAUUCCUUCGCCACAUGGAUCUCCACGACUGGGAAUUCCUCUCUGAUGAUCCCUGCUUUGAUCUCAAUCACAAUCUCCCCAAGAGAAUUAUUCCUCAGGACAAGCCAAAUUCCGAUUCCAAGAAUUCCCUCGAUUCCGAUUACAUUCUAUGCCCUUCACCAAGUGUUCGGAAGAUCACACCACCUGACCAGGUCGUUCCUGUUCCGAUUCCUCUGGAACCUAAGAUUGAGAACGCCAUCGACGUUCAGACAGUGAAAGGAAUCAGCAAGAACCCCGAUGAAGUGAAAGCCGAGCAACAAGCAGCUUCACUCGCGCAGGUUUCCUUCGAAACGAAGGAAAAUGAAUUCGUCGACAAUACAAUGAACCCAAUUAACAGCGAUGAGUUGAAGUUUGGGAGAGAAAUGGGUGAUAGUGACAAGGAGGAAGAUAAGAACGGUGGAUUUAACUUGUGGAAAUGGAGCCUCACAGGGAUAGGAGCUAUCUGUACUUUCGGUGUCACUGCUGCUUCAAUCUGUGUUCUGUUCCUCGGAACCCAACAAAAGAACAGACACCAUCAAAACCAACAGAAUGUCUUCAACUUCUACACUGAUGACAAGAGGAUUAAGCGAGCGAUGGAGCAUGCGACCGAUUGGAACGAGGCGAUUUCUGCGUCAGUAAGAAGUGGUCCUAUUGCUAGAGCUCACAUUACCUAUGGUACUUACCCUGAUGGCCUCUUGAGCAUGGAUUAAGUGCCUUCAUCAAACGUAGUACACCCAAGAUGAUGCUUUUCUUUUCGACAUGGUUUUGCUGCUUUUGUCUGUAAAAUAAAAUUCUAUGGGAUUCGCUUGUUACCUAGUUAAAAUUAUGUACUGGUUUAGCUUUUCAUCUCUGUGGUCUUGUUAAUUAAGUCACGGCUUGCCAGCUCUUGGCUGUUUGAUCU